AGUUACCUGUUAGUUAGAUUUUAGAUCGUGAUAGUAUAUGUGUUGGUUGGAUGCAUGCAUGAUGAGGUUUGAGGCUGGCCUCCUGACAUCCGUGGGGGAGCGAGUGGGUGUCAUGUAGUAUUCCCUGUGACCACCCUCCGGCACGACACGAGGCUGCUUUCUUGACGAAGCGAUGCCUGCUACCUCCCUACCUCGUUAGGGCCCGGUCCGAUCCGAUCCGUAUAAAUCCAGUUCGCUCUUAGAAGCACUUGAAUAUUACUCACUCCUAUUACUACCUACCUACCUAUGGAAGGUAGUAACCUAGGUAGUAGUCUUGCUACUCGUCACUAGAUGAUCGACGGCACACGAUAGGCAUAUUUUUAGGACUGUCUAGGUUGGGACACUACUCUGUUUUCAUAAUCGUGCUGAUCUAAUAUAUACUACCAACGUAUGCACAUUAAUAUAUAACAGUAAGAGCCGCCUUGCCGAAUGCUACCCAGGGAUCGUCAUCCUGGGACCCAAGUCAGAAUAAUAAAUGCAUUCGGCGCUCGCGCGAGAACGUUCUUGGGGGCAAACUUAUUAAUAGGUACAUAGGAUUUAUGCACCCCGGAUCCAGACGGUGGAACUAACGAACGAACGGGAAGUUUAUGGCAUUGUAAGCGAAGCGUGCUUGGAUGUUUACGGAGAUUCGCUUUCUUGUAGACUUCUUUGUGGUUUGAUUUUUGACAAGAGAAACCUCGAGCAACAAUAGAGGUUUCAGCCAUGACGCAAGCAAAUCUAGAGCAGCAGAAGCUCGAUUUGUUAGGCCCGGCCUAUGCGCUGGAAUGGACAGGGAGUCAGCACGACUGCUCCCGGCGGCACUUUAGAAGCGCUGAAGAGCUGCGCACUGAUAUCCAGAAGCAAGAAAAGGAACCGCAGAGGUUUGAGCCCCAACGCCGGCUCCUGGUCCUCCGCGAGUUGCCCGUGGACUACGUCCAGGUGUUAAGGGACCUGCUGGAUAUUGAUGCGGGCUUCAUCGACGCACAUAUUAGUAGGCUGAGAUAUAGGCCGCUGGUAAGGCGGAGGCGGGACCAUGGGGCUACUCAAACCAGAUUCGUUCGCUUCGAGUAUCCGGAGUUGCUUACAGCGCCGAAGGGACUCACCACGGAUGUAAAGAGGGUCUCGUCGGCGACUGGCUCUCGUACUAGAGGCGAGGAUAACGUUGAAGAAUCGCCUCUGCAUGUUAUCUCGGACGACGGAGAAGGGGUCCUGUUCUGCCGCGCUUCGCUAUGGCAGUGUGCCAAGGCCAAUGUCCUUCUGUUGGACCGUCCGACAUGGACUGAGAGAUAUCGUUCUUCGGACCCGGGCCAAGUUAUCGCCACUACCGGCCUAGCAGACGGAGGCGUGUCGAUUUUUGAGUCGCUCCUCUACUAUGGCUUAGCCGAGGAAUGGGGUGAGAAUUCCUACGAGGACACAGAUAUACGUGCUCUCGUGCAAGACAUCGCCGUGAACCAAUGGGCCGAAUUCUUCGAUAUGGUUUCUUCGAAUAUAUCCCCCGGGAUGGAUCGGAUGACGGCGCUGUACUGGCAAGUGCAGGAGAGCCUAGAAAGAAACCUGAGCAGCGCCGAGCUCUGUGAGAGAUCACUCCAGGGUACAAGCUCCCCAUCUUUAACCCCCUAUUCCCCUAAAUCAGACUGGGAAUCCCUCCUCUCCCGUCUUAAUAGACAUGUUUCGUUACUGAACCACCUCGCCCCUAUCUCCACACACAGUCCUAACCCCAGUCCCAUUAUCACUGGCAGCAUUGUGCCCCCUCCACCGCAGAAGCAGCCCUUUACUACAAGAAAUAUUCCCCCAUCAGAAAUGAUCCCCCGUCACCGCCACAACCGCAGCGGCAACAGCUCUAGCGCCGACGAUCAGAACAAGCACGCACUAGACCGCGUCUCAUACAUGGGCGGCAUUCUACUCCCACUAUCUAUCGUUUCCAGCAUCCUAUCCAUGAGCGACCCGUUCGGGCCCACAGGGUCCAUGUUCUACGUCUUCUGGGCGGCGGCUGUACCUCUAGUCCUCGUCGCCAUCCUGAUCAUCUACGCUGAUUCGAUUCGCAAGGCCGAGGUCUGGAUCGAGGUCGCGAGUAACGGUAGUAACACCGGCAUUGGCGAUGCCAGCGAAGAGAAACCCGAGACCGAUCUUGAGGGUCAGGCUUUACCAUAUAAUGGAUUUGGAAUCGCGGCGCUGGGGAGGGGGGAAAGAGGGGAGGAGGAAAUGGGUACAGAUUCGUUUGACGAGCCAGCUAUGAUGGUAGAGAAGCUAUUCAAAGAUGCUGGGAGUAGGAAGUGGCAGAAAAAACAGCUUGGUUGGGGUGGCGCAUGUAUGACUGCUUUGCAUAUUUACAAGCUGAAGAAACCACCCAGCUGGGUUAGGCAUGGAAAGACAGCUUAAGGUACGCGGGCUAAUAUUAGAAUAACAUAUUAUAUUAUAUUAUAUUAAUUAUAUUAUAUUAAACCCCUGG